CUCACUCACUGUUGGUUCUAUCUAUUUGCCGUUGGCCUGUGUGUUUUGCAGCUGUGUGAUGGCCUCCGCCAGCCGCUUGACGCCCACCUCGAUGUCCUCGGCGCUGUAGUAGGAGAAACUCAACCGCAGAUACGAACCGAAGCCCUGAACCCACACAUGACACGCCACACACAUGACACGCCAUGAGCAAUACAAAGUGGCGGGGUGUGUGUGUGUGCACACCUGUCCGAACGAAGUGCCCGGCAGGAAUCGCGCCUUGUUCUUGACGGCAACAUCCAGCAGGUCCGUCGACAGCAUACCCUGCACACAGGCAGCACCACAGCAGGGCAAGACAUGCACACAUGCGAUGGUGAUUUCGCCCUGUUCUCUGAGUGUGCGAAUCCAAUACAAGAAAUACCUCAGGCAGUUUGACAAGGACGAAGUAGCCGCCCUUGGGCACCUCGUGCGUCACGCCAGCUGGCAUGUACUUGUCCAGUGCAGACUGUACACACACACACACACACACACCACAUUCAAUGGGUGGUGGGUCGGGUGAGCCGUCGGUGAGUGCGUCCUUACACACCAUGAGUAUGUUACACCUCCUGUGCAGUUCUUCCUGCACGUAGGCCAGGUGCUUCUUCUGCAGUCCCAGGUCGAUCGCCUGGUGCACGAUGCCGCUGAUCACCGGAUUGAUGCCCUGACACGCACACGGCACACACAGAUGGAUGGGCAGUCAAGACACACACAUGUCUUUGUGUUUUGUUUGUCGGCCACUCACUGACCCCGCUGGAGUCGAGUUGUCCGCAGUCGAUGAUGGGUUUGAGUAUCUUCAUGGGCCCCUGCAUCCACCCCAGCCGCAGGGCGGGCGCCAGGAUCUUCGAAAACGACCCCAAUGACACCACACGCUCCUUCUUCUGGUCGUAGUACGGCAUCGGCAACGGACUCGGCACACCUGGUUGGCUCACCAAAUGAACGGAGGAAUGCAUGCUUCCGUGGUGAUUCAUUGACUACGUGUGUGUGUACCUGGGAAUCCGAGAAGGUGGUAGACCUCGUCUGCGCAGAUGACGAAGUUGUAUUUGUAGGCGAGCUCGACGAUUUUCUUGCGUCUGUCCUCAGCGAGUGUCCUGCCGGUGGGGUUGUGGCCGAUGGGGAUGGUGUACAGGAACUUGGGCACCUGCUUCUGCAGCUGCUUCUCCAACUCCUCGGGAAUGAUGCCGUCCUGACACACACACACGCACACACACAGAUGAGUGGGCCAUUCACAUACCUCUCUCCCCCGGGGUGUGUGUGUGUGUGUGUGGCACCCACUAGUUAGUUACCUCGUCCAUGGGAAUCUGCACGACGUUGAGUUUGAAGUCCUCAAAGAUGCGGAGCGCCAGGAAGUAUGACGGGUCCUCGGCAAACACCAAAUCGCCAGACCGACAGAAGAUGCUGAAUGUAAUCGAAAGCACACAGACAAGACAACACACGAUGCGGCUGAGUGCACUCACUGCCUACGGGCCCCGCCUGUCUUGUUCUCCCUUACGUGAUGAAGAGCGCCAGCCCGCCGGUUAUGCCAUUGGUGACCAUCAACUCAUCCGGGCUCACGGGCGCACCAUAUUGCUGAAUACACGAAAAACACACACAAGCAAACCACACGACACACAGUGACCUCCAUGAAGCCGGCCCCUCACACACAACACACACAGACGCACCUACCUCAGUAAGGAAUCCCGCGAGUGACUUCCUGAACUCCAGGUAGCCUGGGAUGUCGCCGUACUGGAGAAACUUGGGGUCGGUUUCUGCGAACUUGGCGUUGGCGGCCUGCCGCACCAGGUCGAGCGGCAGCAGCGUGUGGGGCGACGGCUGGCCGACCUUGAAGUUCACCUCCUGAUCCACCGGAGGCACGUCAUACUGACCGUAGCGAACCAUUGUCGGCAGGGAGAUAGAUGAACUUGCUGAUGCUGGAAGCUCUCGACAGCAG